AUGGUUAAAGGUCCUGCUAAAUAUGGUGGUAAGUCUGGUACUUUACCAGUCGUACGUCAAAUCUUCAAAAAACCUAUAAAACCAGUGGAGAGAAUUCCAGAUAAAAAUUCAGGUUAUGCUCCAAAUGUUAAAGAACCAAGAAAUUCAUCUCGUGAACAAAAAUUACCAGAAUUUAUGACUAUUAAAGAUCGUAUUAAUAAAACUGUUCAACUACCUAAGAAUCAACCUACAAAUAUAAAUGCCAGAACUCCAGAACAAAAAUUAAAACAAGAAAAAGCACAACUUCGUCGUCAAUAUUUUAUUCAUAGUAUGAAUACUGAAGAAAAUAGAUUAAAACAAGAAAAAUUAGAUGAAGAGAAAAGAAUAGCUUUUGAAAAAGCUCAAGAGGAAAAAUAUAUGGUUAAACCAUCACCAUUAGCUGAGUUAACUUUACCAACACUUUCAUCAUAUUUAGAUGGUCCAUUAAUGAGACAAAGAACAAAAGAAGAAACUAGAUUAUUGAAAACUAAAAGAAAUGCAAAUAGAUUAAAUCUUGAAUUUGAAACUAAAUUAAAUAGAUCAUCUGAUUUAUUACAAUUAUAUUAUAGUGCAGAAAAUUUCAUUACAAAAGAAUCAGAUUUAUUAAAAGCUGUGGAAGAAGCAUUUGCACCAGGUAAUGAAGUUAUUCCAGCUUCUAAUCCAGAAUAUAUUGGGAACCAUUAUGCUGAAGAUGUUGGUGAUGCAUUAUUUGGUACUAUUGAUAAUCAUCCAGGUUUAGGACAUGUUGAAGGUCAAUUAAAUGGUGAUAAUAAGAAAUUUAAACAAGAAGUUGCAGCAAGAGCUAAUGAAUUAUUGAAUCAACAUAAAGAAGUUGAUGCGUAA